AGAAGGAAAUGACCUUGACCUCGAAUGACAACAUUCACAUGUGCUUGUGCUUCCUCCUAUUGCGUAGAAAUGGUCGCUCCAGUAUGACUAUAUUAUCAAAAUAGAACAAACGCAAAUGUUAGGUACAACAUGUUUAGGAAAACCAGUUUAAGUGAAGGAUCCAUUCAGGAAUCGCACCGUGUGAUCAAGUUUCAUGAGGCAAUUCGUCAAGGUGAAGAAGAAUUGGUUUUAACAUUUCUUCAGAGUGGUAUAAACGUGGAUGCAGAUAUCAACUUUGAGUCUCCAUUGGCCACUGCAGCCCAGUAUGGCAGAACCAGAAUAGCUGAGAUGUUAGUGGAACAUGGAUGUAGUGUCAACUCACUUGAUCGCUAUCUCAAGUCUCCCUUGUUUGUUGCUGUGCAGUCCAAUGACAGGGAACUCGUAAAAGUUCUCGUCCAAGCUGGUGCUAACCUCAAACAUAAACGCUUUAAUGGAUACACCCCACUACACGAGGCUGUAAGUAAAGGUCAUGAUGGGAUCGUGAUGGAGCUCCUGUCUGCAGGCGCUGAUGUUCACGCAGUCAACAAUGGCAAGGAAACACCGCUUCAUGUUGCCUGUCUCUGUGGACACACUGCCAUCGUUCAGAUGCUGUUGGAUGCAGGGGCCAGUGUGAAUGUAACCAAAGGUCCCAGGGGAGUGUCUCCAAUACAUCUAGCUGCAUUUCAAGGGUCACCCGAGACGAUUCAUAUGCUGGUGAAUGCUGGAGCCGAUGUGGAUUGCAUCAAUAAAGACAACAAGCGAGCACCAAUACACUUUGCCUGCAUCAAGAACAACUAUGAGGGAUUGGAAGCUCUACUGUCACAUGGUUGUAACGUGAAUAUUUUGAGUAUGGAGAAUGAUGAAGCGAAAACACCCCUACUGAAAGCUAUUGAAUGUGGAAACUUAGCAAUCAUCCACAGACUGAUUGAUUCUGGAGCAGACAUAAAUCGAGGUGAUCACUAUGGAGUCACUCCCCUAAUCACUUCCAUAUUCAAGUUCAAUCCCCAGAUAGUAGCUAUAUUAUUGAGAGCUGGUUGUGACGUCAACAAACCAUGUCGCAACAAGCUUACAGCCUUCACAGCAGCAGUUGACCACUGUGCCCAGUACAACAUCGCCAAGAUGGUGCUCCUUGCUGGGUACCGCAUCACCCCUGGGGACGUCAAGCAGCUGCAGAAACUCCCCAUCACAGAAACAAUGUCCGCAGAAGAUCUGAGUCACCUGCAGUUUCUCAUCAGUGGAGUUGCCAGUCUGAAAAGGCAGUGUCGACAGGCGGUGAGGUGUUACCUUGGUGACAGGCCAGCAAGGAAGUUUUCCAAACUUCCUCUACCACAAUCCGUCCGUGACUACCUGGACUUUCCUGAGUUGGAUGACUUCGUGACUUCUAGGGCUUCAAACGUUGUGUAGGAAGCUCAAGGUUCAAUGUUGUUACAUAAAUACUCUCCAAUGUAAUUAGAUAUUACCAAAAAGGUGGUAUGCAUAAUGGUAAGUGUUAAAUUGUUAAAGCAAACAUAAGAAUUUUAAAUGAGGGAAUAAGAGUUGUCCCCUUUUUGCCUUGAGCUUUUAUUUACUAUAAGAGUUGUCACCUUUGAUCAUUAGGUGACUCUUUCUUUCCAUGUUUUACAAGGAAUAUGACUUCAGGCAGUUCCACAAGCAACUUUGAUUUGUCUUGAAGGUUUUUUAGUUCGCUGUCCUGUUUCAACAUUCAGCCUUCCCUUACCCAUUGAUUCCUCACUUUCAAUACUCAGACCAUCCUCGAUAAUCUCCAGGGUAUACGUUACAAUCACUCUCCACUAUACCCUGGAUGCAUCCAUGGCUUGGCCCGAUAAUUAUAUUAUCUCUCUUUGCUGGCUCCGC